ACCCAUAAUGCACCGCGGAGUGUAAACAGGAAGUGUAUGAUUCGGCUAAUGCUAAUGCUACAAUAAAUCUGUUUCAGAUUUCCUGGUUAGAUGCUCGUUAUUUACUAUUUACCUCGUGUUCACCUCAAUUUAAGAGAACAUAGAUACUUUAUUAAUUUAAGAAUAGAAGUUUAAACCCGGAAGUAGUGAAUGAACAGCUCGAGUCUUUGCUUUCUGACGUGAUUCGUUUCAGAAACUUAAAAUAAAUCACUUUUUUAAAGCUGAACUAACCUCCACGGUGUUAAGGUGUAACACAACUCAACCUGGAGCUUCUUUAAUGAGGAAUAAUCUCGUGUUAUGUCCUCACAUGUUCAGUUAUCCACAUGCCAGAGGAUGGUAACCCAUGGAGACGGGAGACGCUUUACCUGAUUUAGCUAGCUCUGUGGUUAGCUGUUAGCAUCAGUUGAACUCAUCGAGGAGAUUUCAGGAUGGCCGCCAAACCAAGAGGCAAAGCAUUCAAAAGUUCAUACGGAGAUGAUGAUUUGCUGGACAGCUUGUUUGAUGAUAAAAAACAUCCAAGCAGAGGCAGAGCGACGCGUAGUGGACCGCUGGUUCGCUCUUCUGCUACUGAUAACAUCUUCAGCAUGCUGGCAGAGGAGGUGAAGAGAGAUGGAGAUGAAUCAGAGGACUCUGACGUCUCUGCAGCAGAUCCAAACGACAUCCUGAAGAACAUGAAGGACUUGGAUGAUAUGGACGCUGAGAUUUUUGCACCAAAGAAAAAGCCGAGCUCUGCUCCUGCACGAACAACGCCUCAUGACAAUAAAGGGAUGAAGACAGACUCUCCUGCAUCAAAAACAAACGUCAAACCAGAGGACACAGAUAAACCCGCUGCAGAAGCCAAGAAGCCGACCUCUGCUCCUCCUUUGUCGACCGCACAGAGCUACAAGAAGUUCAACUUCUCAGAUGAAGAAGACCCUCUGGCUGAUCUGCUCGAUGACUUGCUCCCUGAUGAACCAAAGUCCAAAUCUAAACCGAGCACGCAGCGCUCCAAACCUGACAAAGCUGCUCCAUCUCCUGCUGCGUCCCCCGCCCUGGAGACUGAAACACCUAAGGCAGCAAAUAAACGUGCUGACAUCACCUUCGAUGAUGAGAAGGACGACCUGAUGGAUGCUCUCGGGUUUGAGAGUGAAAAAAGCACUCCUAAGAAAAAGGAGAGCGUGCUUUGGCCCAACAAGGAGAGGACGGAGCCCCCGCAGAGAGCUCGCACUCGCCUGGAUGAGAUUCUGCAGAGUCUGACUCCAGCUCAUCUUCUGGAGAGACCCCCGACCGGUGAGAUGAAGGACCAGGAGGGGCGGGGACAAGAGAAGACCUCAGAGCCUGUUUUAGAAGAUGACCUCACGUUCGGGGCCUAUCAGCCCACCCUGAUGUCCACGCCUGAAGGAAGACAGUCCCUCAGACAGUCUGUCAGAUUUUCCACAGAGGAUGUGAGCUCGUCUUCCCCAGAGAGGAAAGCAAAACCCACCACCCCGUCCUCCAGACAUCGCAACUCAGCCGACUGGCUCGGCCUCAAGACGGACGACAACCAAACCUUUGAAGAGCCCGAAACCAAAGAGAACAAGACUCCAACCGAGUCCACAAAGACUCCAGCAGAGUCUACAAAGACUCCUUCCUCCCCUCUAACAGAGAGAAGACCUCCAGUGAGUGGUAGUCCUGCUGUAUCUGCUGCCAAAACUGCUGCAGAGCCCUCAGCCCUGCCUGAUGAUGCCCUGAGACAAACAACGCCAGAGGUCUUCAGAAGCGAGAGGAGAGGAGAGGAGGAGGAGGACGACUGGUUAGCAGGAGCGCUGAGCAGGAAGAAGGCUCUGACAGGGUCACAGUCUGAGGCCAAAACCACCAGACAAGAAGACUCUCUCAAUCUGGAGGAGGAGACGGCUGAAAGCAAACACGUCACUGCAGCAGCUCCUAGAGGGAAAGAGGACGCUCCAACGUCUGUCAGAGAAACAAGAAACGCUGCACCUGUCCGAGAGAAGAGGACCAAACCAGAUACCCUCCCCACCUCACCACACUCCCCCGCAGAGCAUCCACCUGUCUCUCAGUCUCACCCCCCCUCCUCCCCUGCACCCAUCCACACUAAGAUCAACCCCGUUCAAACCCGUACUCCCUCUCCUCCCUCAGCUGUUCCUCCUCAGACUGCUGGUAGUGUUAGCCACCCUGAUCCUCCACCUCCAUCCCUGCCCUCUAAAGGACUUGCCCUGCCUCAGACGUCCGGUCAGGCUCUGAGUGAGACCUCCCAGCAUGCUCCAGUGCUCACACCCAUGUCUUCUAUACUCACGGACAGUCUGCAGCAGCUGUUUCUGCAGCAGCAGAUGAUGCAGUCUCAGCUGCGGGGUCUCGGAGGAGUGAUGGAUGCAGGAAGUCUGCAGAGAGAGCAGCAGCCUGUUGAUUAUCAGGCCCUGCAGGCUCGCAUCCUUCAGCUGGAGGGUCAGGUGAAGACGCUGCAGUUAGAGCGAGACCAGAGCCAGUUUGUGCUGGAGAACAUCCAUCAGCGGCACAAACAGGAAAUGGAGCUCAUGGACAACACACACAAGGCUCAGGUGAGGAGGCUGGAGGAUCUGUCCGCUCAGAGGGACACACAAGCACAGCAGGAGCGUGAAGACCUGCUGGAGCGUCUGGCUGCUGUGACGAAAUCUGCAGAGCUGGAACACUCAGAGCUGCAGGCUCAGUACCAACGCAAGCUGACCCAGGCUCAGCAGGAGAGAGACCACGAGGUGGAGAGGCUCCGAGACCUCCAGAAGAAAUCCGUCCUAGAGAUGAAGAGAGACCACGAGGACCAGAUCAAGAGACUGAAGAAGCUGAAGGAGGAAGAGAUCGAUGCAGUGACGAGCGCGACGUCUCAGACCAGGUCUCUCACGGGGGUCAUCGAGCAGAUGGAGCACUUCUCCUCUCGGCUCGGGGAUCUCUCCUCCCGGGUGGAGAGCACUCACGAACACACGUCUCAGUGCCUGGAGAAGGGGGCGCGGCACCGAGACGAGCAGCUCCGAAUGAUGCAGGACCGGCUGUCACAGAAGCAGAAGAGCAUGGAGGAGGAGAGAGCUUAUCUGAAGGAGAUCAUCUCCAGGAUGGACACGCAGCUGAACGAGCAGCAGAGACAGCUGGAGAAGGAACGCUGGAAGAUGACAGCCGAGCAGGCCAAAGCAGAGUCCACGCAGAGAGGCCUGGAGGACGAGCGGCGCGCUCUCAGCAUGCAGAUCAACAUGGAGCGAGAGGAGCUGGAGAGAGCCAAGAGCGCCUUACUGGAGGAGCAGAAGUCGGUGAUGCAGCAGUGUGCAGAGGAGAGGAGGAAGCUGGCAGCUGAGUGGACUCACUUCCACACGCUGGAAAAGCAGAGACACGAGAGGGCCGAGCGAGAGGCCAGCAGCCUGCUGGAGAAGAGAGAGGGCUCCAUCAUCAGUCUGGCACAGGAACAAGCUGACCUGAAGCUGCACACAGCAGAGCUCAAACAGAAGGAGAUGGUCUUGUCUCAGGAGAGAGAGACUCUGGAGAGGCUGAGAGAAGAGCUGGAGAGAGAGAAAGACAGAAUGAGCAGCACAGCGCUGAGACUCAAGACCCGAGCCCAGGAGGUGGAGGCCUUCAGUAAGCUUGCAGCUGACAAACAUGAAGAAGGAGAGCAAGCGCUGCAGGAGGCGAAACGCGUGGAGGCGGAGCACGGGGCACGGCUGAGGAACAUCCAGACGCAGACGGAGCGUCUGAGGCAGAACGAACAACGAAUCCUUCAGGAGCGAGCGAGGCGGAGUCACAUGCAGAAGGAUUCAGAGAACUCCGUCACAUUUUUACCUCAAAUGAUUCAACCUGUUCUACCAGACGCAGUUUCAUUUUUGCCAAACCCUGACCUCACGUCGACCAUGAACGCUCAGACUCCUCCUCCCCCUCCGUUAGCAGACUCUCAGGCCUCGGCUCUUCAGGCCAGUCUGGCUCUGUGGAGGUACACCGCUGAAAAGGAUCGUGAAUACCUCCAGGAGGAGCAGAUCUUUCUGGACAGUCUGAAGAAGAAAUCUUACAGAUCACUUUUCAACGCAGAUUGACAAACACUACUUGAAUUUUAUACAACAUCCUUUGAACUUUAUUAAAACAUGUUU